UGUGAGAAUUAUAUAACGUUAAUAAGUAUAAACGAAAACAUGUUAAAUAAGUAAAGAUUCAAUUAUAGAGACAAUUGGAAAAUUUGAGAAUGAUAUGUAAAGAUAAUGUAUGUAAAGUAUGACUGUAGUUUCAUUCAUGAGUUAGGUAGGAUUCUUUUACUCUGAGUCAUUAACCUGAAGAAGUCAUAUUUUCUCUAUGAGAAGGUGUGCCUUCAAGUUGGCGGAAGAGGGAUGACGUCGGAGGAAAGAUCGGGUCUUAGCAGUUGCGGGACAAACGUAUCUGAGAAGAACUUUAGGAGAGUGUGUGAGAGACAACUACUCUAACUUCCAACUCGAAGAAGUUAUGUUUUCCACAUAGGAAAACAUACCUUCGAGGACGAGAAGCGAGACAUACUCGGUGGAGAGAAUUGUCUUUGAAAGGAUAGUAUUGUGCGCGCUGAGCUGAAAGAAAGACAGACUUUGUGCAGGUAUCAUACAGAAUAUGGCAGUGGUACAGAAUAUACCAGUGGGACGGACCGAAGGAAAAGAUCAGACACCAAUUUCUACAAUUAAUUUGCAUUUACCUGAUCCCAAAAUAGUUAGCGAUGUUCUGGAACGCGGAUUGAGCAUGAAUUUAAAAAAAGUGAAGAUCGAGUGGAUGGACUGUCCUGACCUGCGCCUAUAUGGCUUCGUUGCACCAGGUGAGGAAAUCACCGCAGAGUUCUCCGGUGCGGUCAGAGAAAUACCAUGUUCCUACCAUGUUUUACAGGUCUAUGUGGCACACCUGCGCUCCUCGAAAUCGGCAGCCUGUCGUACUUUUGCCCAACACCACGGCUGGACAAAAAAUACUACUUUAGAGAGCUUUUAAGUCUACUGAACCUUACGGGCCAAGAUAAUUUCAUUGUCGGCGCAGGCACGCAUAUAGAUCCACCCACUUACGACCUCGCUGAAGUAUGCAUUAUCUUUUUAUCUUUCAAUCCUGACAAAAUAUGAAAUACAUAACGAAAUGUCGCUCUCGAUCUCGACUGGACUUGCUACUCGGCUUCAUCUUGAGUCUCAUUCAUCUAUCACUGUCGCACUUAUGUUUUAUAUCAUUUCAAAGUGGUCUCGUUACUUUUUUGAAUUAUUUAUUUGUUUAAUUAAAAAUACCUUUUACUUUUGUAUUAAACUGACACUUUAUUAAUCAAAAUCGAUGUUUCACUGUCAUCUUUGACACAUGUUGCCACAGCUCUACACAAAUCUCAUGUUCUCGCCAACAAGCCCUACUGGAUCAAUGAAUUUUCGAAAUGACAGUAUCACCUUUUGCUCUGUUGAAGAAACUAAUAAUACUUAUGCACGAAAUAUUCGUGAGUUCAAUUCACUGUGCGUCAUACAAGGUAAUUUUUUCUUAAGCGAAAGACGUCCUGGGAAAGUCUUGCAGGUAACGGCACAUUGUCGCACUGGACCACUGAAUUUUGUAUCAGCGAUACAAGAGCUCUUCAAUCUCAUGCGGACAGAAACAGAUCCUCUAAUUGGUCUUGGUGGAAUGUUCAUGGUAAGUGGUUCCCCAACGUUGCACCAUAUUAUGCCCGCAUACAGUAGGGUGACAAAUUUGUAUACGAUGAAACAAGUACAACAAUGGUUAAGAUACAGAAAGCUGAUUGAACCCGUGACUGCCGUUGGUACUAUAAUGAGUGAGGGCAGUUAUUACAAUAACAUCUGUCCGAAUUCUACAGAGUUGCCAUACCUCACCAAGUCGCAUUUCCAUUCGCACACGUUAAAUCAGCCUAGGAGUUGUGGCGGUCAUUUUUAUACUAAUUGCGUGAACACGAAUUACUUGGAUGCAUUUUAUGUAGGGUACUUCUCGUUCGCUGAGAAGCUCUAUUGCGUGGACCCUCCAUCGCGUAGGGAUAUACAUACUAACAUAGAUAAAUUUUAUCCCCCUUGUCAAAAUCAUAAUAUUGGAGUAAUUAAUAUAAGAGAAGAAUAUAAUUAAUAUAAAUAUAAUGUAAUG